AUAACUUUCAAAGGAGUUGAUGAUUAUUUCUGCGAUUUUAGGUAUAUUACAGCUAAUACUGACACAGAAGAACAGAGUUUUCCAGUCCCUAAGGCAUUUAACACACAUGUAGAGGAAUUAAAUUUAGAUGUCCUUCUUCAGAAGGUAGAUCAUUUGCGUAUGAGUGAGUCUGGCAAGUCGGAGAGUUUUGAACUACUUUGUGACCACAAAGAAAAGUUUAGAGAUGAAAUAGAAUUUAUGUGGCGAUUUGCUCGUGCUUAUGGAGACAUGUAUGAACUAUCUACAGACACACAAGAAAAGAAACAUUAUGCUAACAUUGGUAAGCAUUUUAUAAAGAUAAUUCUCAAGUAG